AUGACCGAGGUUAUGAACUCCGCCCCAACGCCAGCAUCCGAACCGAAACCCGUGGAAAGCCAGCAACCACAAUACACGUUCAAGUUCAGCGAGUUUCUGCGACGCGAAUAUCGCUUUGGCCUUAGCCCUGACCGUCCGGUAUGCAAGGCAUACCUCCAGGGUCACUGCCCAGAUGGCAAUAGGUGCCCAAACAAACAUAAUGUCUCUUCAUCCUAUAACAAUCUAGUAUGCAAGCAUUGGUUGCGUGGCCUAUGCAAGAAAGGCGAAACAUGCGAGUUCCUUCACGAGUACAACCUACGACGAAUGCCCGAGUGCUCCUACUACGCCCGGACACAGACGUGCUCCAACGGAGACGACUGUCUCUACCUACACAUCGACCCCGAGGCCAAGCGCCCCUCAUGCCCACACUACGAUAGAGGCUUCUGUCCGCUUGGGCCAUACUGCGCGCUCAAACACAACAAGAAGGAGAAGCUUUGUCCCUUCUACCUCUGCGGCUUCUGUCCCGAGGGCAAGAACUGCAAGUACGGCGCACACCCGAGGUUUCCUGCCGACCUCAAGAAGCCUGAGGUCCGUGUGGAAAAGAGCCCCGAGGAGCUCGAGGCCGAGCGAAUAGAGCGCGAACGAGAGAUGAUGAGAAGAGAGGAGGAGGACUGUGAGCGUGACGAGAGGAACGGUCAUCAAGGUGGCCGCGGUUUCAGGGGCAACUGGGACCGCAAGAAGCGUGGAAGAGGAAGGGGCAGAGGUGGCAGGGGACGAGGAGAUUAUUGA